AUGGCGGGAAGGCCGAGUCUCGGGUACCUGAUCCUCGUCGUCUUCGUCUUCCUCCUCCCAAUGCGGGGAUGCCGAGCAGAGGCGCCUUGUUCCGAGGGGAACUCGUCGGUGGUGGGAUUCGAGUCGGAGCUUGUCAUGGUGCAGCAUCAGGUCCGCGGGGUGUUCCGCGUGGUCGACGGGUGCUCCUUCUCUGUCCGCGAGUUCGAUAUGCUGGAGGGAUCCGGGGAGGUGAGGUGGUGGGGCGCCACCGGCGAGGAUUUUGAGAAUAUGACUCAGGGGUUCGAGAUCUCUGAUCUGGUGCUCAAUCGAACCUACCGGAACGACACGCUCAUCGUCCGGCUGAUGAACAAAACGUGGGACGAGAUCAGGAUCGUAUCUGUCUGGGACAAGUCCACGGCGUCGGAUUUCGGGCAUGUCGUUCUGCAGAGCUCCGGGAAUGAGUGGAGCUCGCCUCCGGCACCAAGUCCGAGUAUCUCCCCUUCUCCGUCGCAAUCUCCGGUUAGUACGGAAGAACAGAAGAAGAAGAAGCCAGUUCACCGGCAGCCGACCAUGUUUGAUAACUGCAGGUUCCUCUCUCCACAAUUCCGCCUACGGUGGACCCUUGACUCCGACACAGAUUCCGUUGACAUAGGCCUCGAAGCGUCCGUCGGAUCUCAGUACUAUAUGGCCUUCGGGUGGUCUCAACCAGGAUCACAACCCCCCUCCAUGAUCCAUGCUGAUGUUGCAAUCACAGGAUUCACGGAAGAGGGCACCCCAUUUGCAGAUGACUACUACAUCACGGCAAAAAGUGAAUGUGGCCAAAACAAGGAUGGCGAUGUGCAGGGUGUAUGCCCAGACACAGUUUAUGAUUCGGACCAUGCUGGGCUAGUUAAUAACACUAAACCUAUCUACGGCCACAGGAAGGAUGGAGUCUCCUUCAUCCGUUACAAUCGUCCUCUUGUGACUAUUGAUGAGACGUUCGAUGUGGUGGUGCACAAGAAUGAUACUAUGAAUGUGAUCUGGGCUCUUGGUAAGAUUAGCCCACCCAAUGCACUCCAAGGUUAUUAUCGUCCUCAAAAACAUGGAGCAUUACAUGAGCAGUACGGGCACCUUAGUCUCAAUUUGUCUCAAGCAAUGAACGAUUGCAUUGGCCCAUUGGAUGCAGAAGACAAAGAUGACCAAGAUCUGAUUACUGCCGAUGGUAAGACUCCAUUGGUAGUAGUUUCAGGACCUGCUCUUCGCUACCCAAACCCUCCCAGUCCUUCAAAUGUCCUUUACAUCAACAAGAAGGAAGCUCCUCUGUUGAGAGUUGAAAGGGGUGUCCCAGUAAAGUUCUCCAUCCAAGCAGGACAUAAUGUAGCCCUUUACAUAACAUCUGAUCCCAUUGGAGGCAAUGCAACUUCUCGAAAUAUCUCUGAGGUGGUAUAUGCUGGUGGACCAGAUGCCGAAGGCGUUCCUGCCACCCCAAAAGAGCUUGUUUGGUUACCUGAUAGGAAGACUCCAGACCAGGUUUAUUAUCAAUCUUUAUUUGAGAAGAAGAUGGGGUGGAAAAUUCAAGUGGUGGAUGGAGGUCUCUCGGACAUGUACCAUAACAGUGUCUUCUUGGAUGAUCAGCAAGUUACUCUGUUCUGGACUCUCUCUGAAGGUUCAAUUUCACUAGCAGCUCGAGGAGAGAAAAAAAGUGGCUAUCUUGCCAUUGGCUUUGGUAGCGAGAUGCGACACAGCUUUGCAUAUGUGGGUUGGGUGGAUGAAAGUGGGAAGCCCCAUGUGAACACGUACUGGAUAGAUGGGAGAGAUGCAUCUAGUUUGCAUCCAACUUCUGAAAACCUGACCGAUGUGAGAUGCAAAACGGAAAAUGGUAUGAUUACUUUUGAGUUCACUCGCCCAUUCUCACCUUCAUGUAGUGGAAGAAUUGAAUGUCAGAAUGUUAUUGAACCAGUAGCUCCGUUAAGAGUUAUCUGGGCCAUGGGUGCCCUAUGGUCGGAGGAUAAUUUGAGCGAGAGAAAUAUGCAUUCACUUACUAGCACGAGGUCAAUGAGGGUCAUGCUGAUGCACGGUUCAGCUGAGGCAGAACAGGAUUUACGUCCAGUUUUGGCUGUUCAUGGGUUCAUGAUGUUUGUUGCAUGGGGUAUGCUGCUCCCUGGUGGAAUUUUGGCUGCAAGGUACUUAAAACAUGUGAAAGGUGACGGGUGGUUUAAGAUACAUGUCUACCUGCAAUAUUCUGGGAUUUCUAUCAUGCUACUUGGAGUACUUUUUGCUGCUGCAGAACUCCGGGGUUUCUAUAUAAGCUCCUUGCAUGUUAAAUUUGGCAUCACUGCUUUAAUACUGGCAUGUGCGCAGCCUAUAAAUGCAUAUUUAAGACCUAAGAAGCCAGUCAAUGGAGAAAGUACUUCAUCAAAGAGAAUGCUUUGGGAAUAUUUUCAUAUUAUCACUGGAAGAUGCGCAGUUGUUGUUGGAAUUGCGUCCCUUAUCAGUGGGAUGAAGCACCUGGGAGAUAGGUAUGGUGGUGAAAAUGCUGAAGGACUUAAUUGGGCAUUAAUCCUUUGGUUUUUGGUCGGUGCGUUGGUCGUUGUAUACUUGGAGUACUCAGAAAGAAAGCGCAGGAUGAUAGAUAGGAGCUCUUUAAGAGGCAACUGGGUGUUAGGAAACGAGGAAGAUGAUUCAGCUGACCUCUUGCAUCCGAAAAGAAUAUUUUCUGAAUCAGAGAACCAGACGUCUGGCGGAAUGGAGGUGCAGCUUGAGCCCCUUCACAGAUAG